CCGACCUGGGGCCGCCAGGGAUCCCGGCGCCAGCCCCGGCCCUUCCCGCCCGGCUGCGCGGCGCAAUGUUCGGGCAGCUCCUUUUCCUGGUGCCGCGCCCCGCCUCAGUUUCCCCCGAGCGUAAGGCUGACUGGAGGCGGCCGGAGAGGCCCUGGGAUGCUGGGCACGGCGGGGUGGCGGCCGCGGCCAUCUUGCGGCUCCGCGCCCGCCCCCCACCAGGCCGCCGCCCCCGCGCCCCCUCCCCGCCGCUCCUUGGCAACCUGCACCCCCGCUCCAGCCGCGGCCUGCUCCGCGGUCGCCAUGGGAACCAGCCUCUCCGGGGCUGGGAACAGAUGCGACUCCUUUGUCCCUUGCACUCCCACCAGGGCUCAGCACCGGGGGACCUCCACCUUCCGGAGUCGUGACCUGUGCCCAGCCGCUGUGCCCUCCCCCGCGCGGGACGGCGGGAGGGCUCCCACUACAAACCAUGGCCCAGCGGGCCAAGCCAGUGUGUAGCUGCACUUCUUGGGGCUGGGGUGGCAGCCUGGCCCCGUGAAUGGGGCUGACAGGGCGCCUGGGGUCCCUCCCGAGCCCGAUGCACGGCCUCGGUGUCUCCAUUCUUCGGAGACAUGCUUGCCCUUCUCGGUGCGGAGCUCUGGAGCCUGGCGCUGCCUUGCAGGACAGGCCGCGCCGGCUGUGUGCAGUUGCGAUGGGCACAGGCACACCCUCAGAGGCCGGGGCUGCCUCCCCUGCCGGGCAGAUGGGAGAUGGAGGUCCAGAGAGAGUCCCCCAGACUCGCCGGGCGGAGCCAAGUCGGGUGGAGGCGGCCUCUCCAUGAGUCACUGCCCCCUGUGUGGGCUCUGGCUCCCUGGCUCGUUUGCAGUGGCUCCUGCAGGAGCAGCAGGCCUAGCUGGAGCUGACCAGGCCUCCUCCCCGCAGGGCCGUCCUUCCCAGCUCAGAAUGCAGCCCACAGCCACCAUGGCCACGGCCGCUGCCACCACCACCUCUGCCACAGUAGCCCUAACAACGUCGUGGGACAACAGCACUGGACCCCCCACGGCAGAGCCAGACCCUAUCCUGGACAACUAUGUGCUGCUGGUGGUGGUGAUGUCGCUGUUUGUGGGGGGCACGCUGGUGGUGCUGUCCGGCGUCCUGCUUCUCUGCAAGCGCUGCUGGGACGUCCACCAGCGCCUCAACAGGGCCAUGGAGGAAGCAGAGAAGACCGCCACCACCUAUCUGGACAAUGGCACCCACCCGGCCCAAGACCCCUACUUCCGGGGGGAAGACCCCGAGGGCCAGGAUGCGGAGACGGAGCGCUUCCUGUCCACCAGCUCCACGGGCCGCCGGGUCUCCUUCAACGAGGCAGCGCUGUUUGAGCAGAGCCGCAAGGCACAGGACAAGGGCCGCCGGUACACACUGACGGAAGGGGACUUCCACCACCUGAAGAAUGCCCGCCUCACCCACCUGCAUCUGCCGCCCCUCAAGAUUGUCACCAUCCACGAGUGUGACUCUGGAGAGGCCAGCUCGGCCGCCACACCCCACCCAGCCACCUCUCCCAAGGCCACCCUGGCCAUUUUCCAGCCCCCGGGGAAGGCCCUCACAGGCCGCUCCGUGGGCCCCAGCUCCGCCCUGCCAGGUGACCCCUACAACUCAGCCGCGGGCGCCACUGACUUCGCAGAGAUCAGCCCCUUGGCAUCUAGCGACUCUGGGGAAGGCACCUCGUUGGAUGCGGAUACCAGGAGCACCACGGCUGGAGGACCUGGGGCUGCGGCCGGGCCCGGGGAGGCAGGCGCAGGCUCUGGGGCGGGCACCGUGCUGCAGUUCCUCACCCGCCUGCGCCGCCAUGCCAGCCUGGACGGGGCCAGCCCCUACUUCAAGGUCAAGAAGUGGAAGCUAGAGCCCAGCCAUCGGGCGGCCAGUCUGGACACAAGAGGUUCGCCCAAACGGCAUCACUUCCAGCGGCAGCGGGCAGCCAGUGAGAGCAUGGAGCAGGAGGCGGCGGGCUCCCCCCACGUGGACUUCAUCCAGUACAUCGCCCGGGCUGGUGACACUGUGGCCUUCCCGCCCCCCCGCCCCUUUCUGGCCAGCCCCACCAGCCCGCCCCCUGCUCUCGGCAGGUAUUUUUCAGUAGAUAGAGGUGCUAGGGGUGGACCUGUGGGCCCUUGCCCCGUUGCCCCUCCCAGGCGGCCCAGGGAGCGCUCUCCAGAUCCCGUGGACCCGGGCUCGCCCGCCUCCAGCGGCAAGGCCCCUCCCAGAGGCCGACUCAUUGGGGCCACCUCUCCAGCAUGGACCAGAGGAGGGAAGCGGGGAGAGACUGGGUAAGGGUAGCGGGGUACGUGGGGCCCCGCUGAUGGCCACAGGCAGUAACACCUCGGG